AUGGUCAACGAGAUCGGCAUCGCCAGGACGUCGAGCCAUGGCAGCUCCGACCAGAAGGACUCCUCCAAGGAGGACCUCGCCAACCCCUCCAUGCCCGAGAUCACCAACGUCGAGAAGCACCUCCGCACCGACUUCAUCGACCACCGCCUCAACGACCCCAACAUGGAGACCGAGAAGAUCGACGCCAUCGAGCGCGUCAUCGAGCAGGGCGACUACAAGGCCGAGGCCCAGAUCGAGGAGGAGCUCGAGGAGGACUCGCCCUACCCCGAGGUCCGCGCCGCCGUCUCCAACGUAGACGACCCCACCAUGCCCGUCAUGACCUUCCGUACCUGGGUCCUCGGCAUGCUCUUCACCAUCAUCAUUCCCGGUGUUAACCAGCUUCUCAGCUACCGAUACCCCACCGUCACCAUCACCUCGUUCGUCGCACAGCUGCUCGCAUACCCCAUGGGCGUCUUCAUGGCCAAGGUCCUCCCCACCAAGGUCUUCAAGACUCCCCUCGGCAGCUUCACCCUCAACCCCGGCCCCUUCAACGUCAAGGAACACACCGUCAUCACCGUCAUGGCGAACGUGACUUACCAGCGUGCCUACGCAUCCAACGUGUCCGCUGUCCAGCGCAUUACCUACGGCUUCGACUGGGGUUUCGGCUACAUCAUCCUGCUCACGCUCAGCUCCCAGCUCAUCGGCUUCUCCAUGGCCGGUUUCUUCCGCCGCUGGCUCGUUUGGCCCGCUGCCAUGAUCUGGCCUGCCAACCUGGGUAACACGGCGCUCUUCACCGCCCUCCACCGUCAGGUCGACACCGGCUCCAACCACAUGUCGAGGUACAAGUUCUUCAUGAUCGCCUGCGCAGGUGCCUUUGCCUGGUACUUUGUGCCCGGCUACCUCUUUGCGCUCAUGUCCGUCGGUAACUGGUUCUGCCUCAUCGCGCCAGACAACGUGCCGCUCAACCAGAUGCUCGGCACCCAGCAGGGUCUCGGUCUCAUCCCGCUCACCACCGACUGGAACCAGUACUCGUACAACAACAACCCCAUCUACACCCCCUGGUGGGCUCAGGCCAACGUGCUCGGCGGUUUCGUCGUGUGCUACUGCAUCAUCGGCCCCAUCCUCUACUACAAGAACGUCUGGAACUUCGCCUACCUCCCCUUCUCCACCUCGGCUGUCUACGACCGCUUCGGCAAGAAGUUCAAGACUGCCAAGGUCACCACCCCGGACCACCUCCACUUUGACCCCGCCGGCUACAACGCCUACUCGGAGCAGUACUUCUCGGUCACGUACGCCAUUUCGUUUGCGCUCUCGUUCGCCUCGAUCACCGCCAUCAUCGUCCACGUCGCCCUCUUCCACGGCAAGCAGAUCUACCGCCAGUUCACCACCUCGAUCAACGACGAGCGCGACGUCCAUGCGCGUCUCAUGCAGAGGUACCCCGAGGUGCCCAAGCUCUGGUACGCCGCCCUCUUCCUCAUCUGCUUCGGCAUGGGUGUCGGCUGCACCGCCGGCUACAACACCGACUUCCCCGUGUGGGCCUUCAUCAUCUCGCUCAUCAUCGGCGCCUUCUUCAUGCUGCCCGUCGGUGUCGUGUAUGCCAUCUCCAACGUCGAGGUCGGCCUCAACGUCAUCUCGGAGUUCAUCAUCGGCUACAUGCACCCUGGCUCGGCUACGGGCAUGAUGAUGUUCAAGGUGUUCUGCUACAUGGCCGUCUACCAGGGUCUCUCGUUCACCGCCGACAUGAAGCUCGGCCACUACAUGAAGGUGCCGCCCAAGGACAUGUUCGUGGCGCAGGUCACCGCCAUCGUCGUCUCGUCGUUUGUCGUGCUUGGUGUGCAGUCCUGGGUGUUCUCCAACAUCGAGAACGUCUGCACGCCCGAAGCCUCGGACAACUUCACUUGCCAAUACCUCAUUGUCUUCGGUACCGCCUCGCAGAUCUGGGGUCUCAUUGGUCCCGCCGCCGUAUUCUCGCCCGGUAAGCAGUACGGCAAGCUGUUGUGGAUGUUCCUGGUCGGCGCCAUCUUCCCCGUCAUCGUUUGGGGUCUCACCAAGAAGUUCCCGCGCUCGUUCAUGCGCAAGGUCAACUCGCCCGUCAUCUUCACCGGUACGGGUCUCAUGCCUCCUGCGACGGGUAUCAACUUCACCGCCUGGGCCAUGUGCGGUUUCGUGCUCAACUACCUCGUCAAGAAGUACCGCACCGGCUGGUGGACGCGCUACAACUACGUCCUGGGUGCCGCCAUGGAUACGGGCACUGCCAUCUCGGCCGUCAUCAUCUUCUUCUGCCUCAUCUUCCCCAAGGGCAAGCAGAGCGACUUUGCCUCGGACGGAUGGUGGGGCAACGUCGCGCCGUACAACACGGCCGAUGGCAACCUCGUCUCGUACCUCACCGCCCCCACCGAGGGCUUCAUGCCCGCGCCCUCGGCGUUCAGGCCCUACAACCCUUGA